UUUCAUUCUGUGACGUUCAUUACAACAUUUGACGAAAUCAUCGAGAUAAUAUUUUACACAAGGCCAAAAACUGUAUUUAAUAAAUCAUAAUCAACACUCAGGAUAAUUGACGUUUAUUAAAUUGAAACGUCAUUCUCAAGCAUAUUACAUUCUGUAUCAUCCAUACCGACGUUCGUUGAUAAACGACGAGUAACAGACUCUAGAUAAUUGACCGACAUUGAAACAUGGAUACAUUUAACUCAUUUUGCACAAGUAUGUCAGCUUUUCUGGAUGACGAUGACGAUUCUCCGAUCAUGAUAAAUUACAAAGUACUAACCCAAGAUAUGAUUUGUCUAUUAUUAGGAUAUGAAAGUAACUUUGUUAAGAAAGACUCAGAUGGAAUUUCAUGGAUAUUAUCUCCUGACGCCCAGAAAAAGUUGACCAUAAAGCAAAAAAAAAUUGUGAGCAUUUUUAUGGGAACGAGCUUAUUGUACAGUCAAGUAAAAGAAUACCAUGAAAAACAUAAGAACGAUGAAGCAAUGAUUCAAAGUGCUUUGUCGUCUGCCAUCGAUAGUGCGUUUAGUAUCUAUUAUAAAAAUAUUAGUAGCUACUUACCAGCAGAUGACGACAAGGAAAUUUUGUACAUUUUAUAUUUUAUAGACAUGCAUGAGGAACAAUUUAAAUUUCUUAUACCAUUAACUGCAUUGUGUUACCAGCAAAAAGGUUGUAAACUUAUUUCUAUUAUAUAUUCCUAUAUCCAAAAGAACAAAAUUUGUGCAGAAUAUUUUCAUAUAAAUGUUUUUGAUAAAGUUUGCAUGCCAAUGAAUGUUAUAUUAAAGAAAUGGCUUUUGGAUGGAGAACUGUAUGACCCUUAUGAGGAGUUUUUUAUAGGAUUCAAUAUUGACUCCGAUAACUUCUGGAAUAAGUAUUUUAUAAGAAAAACAAUGGUUCCCCGAUUCAUAUCAAAGAAAUUGAGUAAAAAGAUUUUAACAAUUGGUAGAUAUAGAAUCUUCCUAAGACAAGUUUGCGGUGACAAUAAUGAGAUACCAGGAGAUCUAUUGCUACAAGACCUAUUCCAACAUACAGAUCUUGAAAAACUAUUUAAUCCAAGAAAUAUGAAAGAAUUUUAUAUAAUAUUAGGCAAAGUAUAUAAUUACGCUACAAUUACAAUGUUAUAUAUUGUGUCGCGAAAGUAUAAUCUAUUCAAACAUAUAAAUGCCCUCAGAAACUAUAUGCUAAUGGGAAAUGGUGAAUUCUGCACGAAAUGGCUUUAUCCAGUAUAUUCCACAGACCAGGCAAUCAAUCGUCUAGUUUUGCAGACUGCCCUUGAAGAUGGAAUGAGUUUGAUGAUCGAUAAUAGAUAUGAAGAAGACGUAUUUAACCGACUAAAUGUUACUAAAAUAAUUCUUGAUUUCUCAGGAAAAAAAAUUUGGGAGAUAUAUACCUUGAGUUAUAAAAUAGAUGGACCCGCUGGAUUCAUUUUAAACUACACCAUGCCAACAUACAAAGCACUUUGUGGUGUUCUUUGGGGUGCUAAAAACAUGCAGUAUUCAGUAUAUAACAUGUGGAGAGACCAAAUAUUAUUUACCCAAAGAAGUCCGAUAGCUAAAUAUUUUCAUUACAUAACACGGCAAAUCAGCGCCGUACUUACCAUAAUGAUUCAUUUUAUAAAUCAAAUAUUACUUCACCUCAUGUGUGAAGUUUUGGACCGUUAUUGGGUCCGAAUGAUUAAAACAAUUGAUAAUGCACAAUCCGUAAAUGACGUCCUUGCUGCACAUACAACAUUUUUGAGAUACCUCGUGAGGGAUUUUUUUCUUACUACUGAUUAUGAAGAAAUUAUGCUUGCGCUAAUUGAGAUAUACGAAAGACAAGAAGAAUUUGAAAUAUACUUCAAACUUGUAUAUGAAAUUUUUGGGGAGUUGCAAGAAUGUUAUCCGAAAACAAAUCGUCAAGAUAAUUUCAAAUUGAUUUUACGUGACGUCCAUUCGACCCUAGAACCAGUGGAACGGAGCAUAAACUUAAUUAAGAGCAAAUUCAAAAUCUCUGUCAAAAAGUUUUGUUCUCUGUUUGCUGAAAAAUCAGAACCGCUUGUGAAUUUUGAUUAUUAUUUUCUUUAAUAUGACUGACUGUUCUCAAAACUGUUAUAUAAUGUUAGAUGCUAGAACUAUUUGAAUUUAAUAAAACAAAUGCAAUCUC